AUGCCUUCGCAGAGAAGAAAACGGAUCUCUACCAUGCCUAAUCUUGUCAAACCCAGAGCUGGACCUUCAUCUGCUCAGGGUUCUGCAUCAAAACCGCAGAGGCGAGCGUCUCAGGCUCCUGAUGGCAGUGCUUCACUUCAGAAAGAUUCCUCUCCAUCAGAAAAGAGUAGUGUUGAAAGCUCUUCAAAGUCUUCCAUGCUGCCCGAAAAGAAAACACCUGUGCCACAAGUGCCACAGUUUUCCCCCUUAAAAAAAUCAGUGAGCAAAGAGCAAACUGUAGGUGUAGCUGCUCAAAAAAAUGAUGAUACCUUGCAGAAGAAUUUACCUUCCCCACUCAAGGAGAGACCAACACAGGAAAGAUCAGGAACACAGGAGGAAAAGCUGCCUGUGAAACCUGUUCCCGAAAAAGAGAAACGAGCAUGUUCUGACCGUGAAAGGAUCCUCAAAGCUCGGAAGCUGAGAGAAAUGCUUAAAGAAGAGCUGAAGAAAGAGCGGAAACAGUUGAAACACAGGCCUCCAGUAAUUGAAGGACGUUCUCCACCAGAUCGUUCUAAAAUGACCAUGAGAGACCUGAUAUACUAUCUGCCAGAAAACAAUCCUAUGAAGUCUUCAUUGGUAGAAGAAAAGCGAACAGAAAAAAAUUCUGCACUGAGUCAAAUGAAAGAACAGGAAGAGAAAAGUACCCCUGAAGAUCAUGAAGAGGAAGAUGAAGACGAAGAAGCAGAGAAUGGGGAGGAGAGUCAGGACGGUCCACUUCUAGUCCCUCGUGUGAAAGUAGCAGAAGAUGGCUCAAUUAUUCUGGAUGAAGAAAGUUUAACUGUAGAAGUUCUAAGAACAAAAGGUCCAUGUGUUGUAGAAGAAAAUGAUCCCAUCUUUGAGCGUGGCUCUACAACUACGUAUUCUAGCUUCAGGAAAAGUUUUUACACAAAACCAUGGUCAAAUAAAG